AGUCCUCACCGUCGUCCUCCCUGGGAGGCCUGGGUAAAGAGGCAAACUGCAGCUCCCCCUCAUGAAGAGUCUGCCUCCCGUAUGAGCAAGGAAUUUUGGGUCUAGAUUUUACCACUCCCCAGGGGUUUGGAUGAGAAUGUAGUGUCUCACCUCAAACUUUUCCUCAGAAUUAACCAGAGCCGAGUUAUGAGCUGAGCUCUGAAAAGUGCUCUGACCACUCAGUCUCCUGGAUGCGUCUCCUGGGGUAUUCUGGCACCACAGACAUAUGGUUGCUUGCUCUGUGAUAUUAUGUUCUGAAAUUCAACGGUGGUAGAGCAAGGAGCCCUGGCUGCCCAACUUGAUUCUUAGUGGCUUCUGUAUCUAAGUGGCGCCUGCAGACCGCCUUGCAGGGGCCCUCGGCCGUUCUCCUGUAUAGGAGGCAGCCAUGGCGCCCAGCCAGAAUGGCAUGAUCCUGAAACCCCACUUCCACAAGGAUUGGCAGCAGCGAGUGGACACUUGGUUCAACCAGCGGGUGCGCAAGAUCCGCAGGCGCAAGGCCCGGCAGACGAAAGCGCGUCGCAUCGCCCCUCGCCCCGCGUCUGGCCCCAUCAGGCCCAUCGUGAGGUGCCCUACAGUGAGAUACCACACCAAGGUCCGGGCUGGCAGGGGCUUCAGCCUGGAGGAGCUCAGGGUGGCUGGCAUCCACAAGAAAAUGGCUCGCACCAUCAGCAUCUCUGUAGACCCGAGGAGGCGAAACACGUCCACGGAGUCACUGCAGGCCAACGUGCAGCGCCUGAAGGAGUACCGCUCCAAGCUCAUCCUGUUCCCCAGGAAGCCUUCUGCUCCGAAGAAGGGAGACAGUUCUGCUGAAGAACUUAAGCUGACAGGACCCGUGAUGCCCAUCCGGAAUGUGUACAAAAAGGAAAAGGCCAGAGUUAUCACAGAAGAAGAGAAGAACUUUAAGGCUUUUGCCAGUCUCCGAAUGGCCCGUACCCAAUGCCCGACUCUUUGGCAUCCGAGCAAAAAGGGCGAAGGGAGCUGCAGAGCAAGAUGUUGAAAAGAAAAAAUAAUUCCAUGUUGGAGAGUUGCAAUAAAUUUUCCAUAAAGAAAAAAAAAAAAAAGAAUAGGUAUGAUAAGCGUGGCUUGUGGCUGUUCCUUCAUAGCCUGCUGUUAUAGGCCUCAGAAAAGAACCCAGAACCCAGGCCAUUGAAAGCCCUGCUCCAUGAGCCCUGUGCAGGAUUCCCAGACAAGGCCUGAUGGAAGAUAACAGCCGUGGAACACGUCUCUUAGGGUGUGCUUGGAUCCAGAGCCCUGCAGGUCUCUGGGGUUUGUCACUCUUGAGGCUGACAAUCCUAGGGCUUGAAUGGGCAGCUGUGACACCCUGAGUGGAGCCCAGCUUCUGGCAGAGUCAUGGCCUUGGGGACUCAAAGCAGAUUGUGCUGGCCCAUCAGUUUUUACUAAAUGUGGCCAUCUGGGCUCGAAAGCACCUUAGGGCGAGCACUGCUCUUCUCUUUCUGACUCCCUACAGCACUCUCUCAGAUAGGGUGCUCACAGAUAGCAAAGGUGGGCCCCUUUGAACUCUCAGAGCCUGUGUCCUCGUCUACAAAAUGCUGACAGGCACAGCUACUAUUUACAGAAUAUGUGACCUGUGGCCUAGCUAGGCUCUGUAUUUAAACUUGUCACACACCUACACAGCGCUGGUCCUUUAAGGUACUUUAGACCCCAGGCAAGCCCUAACGCAUAGAACCUUGGUUAUUUGCAGAGAUGUGCGAGCUCCCUCUGCUGGCUAGUAGGUGAAUUGUAGCGAAGGAAGGCGAGGUGAAGGUAGAACCACUGGCUGUCAGCAGGAGGUGCCAGCUCACCCUGUUAAUAGUACAGACGAGGAAACUAAGACCAAGGCCAGCCACCUCACUGAACGGCCUCUUUCAAGACUGCCUGUGUGGAUCUGGGGUUUAGGAGCUCCCAUAUGCAGAGAGGGGAGCCAUGCGGUUCAGUUUGAGCCUUCCCAAGCCCCAUGCAGAGCCCAUCCUACCCAUCCCCUCUGGCACUGCCAGGUAGAGCUGCAGGAACCAGUAGCGUGGGGCACAGGUACAGGGAGGCUGCUAAGCUGUCCCUUCCUCCUGCUAGCAAGCUGGACUUUGAGGGAAGAUCUGAGGGCUUUGUGGGGUCAGCAAUGCUGGACUGUGGAGUCUGUCUGGAGAACAUCACUCCUUGGAAGCAGACACUAGAGAGCUGGUGUCUCUCAGCCUAUGUGCUGUUCAGGUACGGGUAGGAACUGCAUCAUCUUCUAAGGCCUGCUGGGAUAUGCUCCUGUGACUGGUAAUGACACUGUUGUGUCUAGGACCAAGAGGACUUCAGAGGGGAAUGCUAUCAGGCUCAGAAGAUUCUGGAAACUUUGUAAAUUCCCCCUGUGUAUCACUCAUGGCAGCUACUCUUUCCUGAAUAUCCCUCGGCUUGGAGCUGUGAUGUAUUUGAUAGACAUUGUAUUUUAUUGUCAAUGCCUGCUAUAAGUAUAUAGGAGGUAUAUUAGGUGUAUAUCUCGAAUCUGAGUCUUGAAGAAUUAAAACAGCCAUUCUCAACCCCCCCCCCCCCCGCGCCCUUGGAGGUCAAAGGACCCCUUCACAGGGGUCGCCUAAGACCACUGGAAACUAGGCACUUACAUUACGAUUCAUAACUAUAGCAAACUUGAGGAGGGGGGGGGGGCACCAGGGAGUGCGAUGAAACUAAGUGUUCAAGGAGAUAAACAGAUUAAAGAAAAGCUGAUGCAAAUGUAAUAAAGGGAGCGGUGACGCCAGGGAAAGACUCCACCCAGCUUAAGCUUCCAGCUUGGGAAAAGAAAUUUUAAAAAAAUUUAGGGCCAGGUGUUGUGGCACACACCUUUAAUCCCAGCACUUGGGAGGGGGCAGGGGGGUCUGGAGAGAGUGUUCCAGGACAGCCAAGCUCAGUGAGUGAAGGAAACCACCCAAAUCAGGAAGCUGAUGGAAAUAUAUUUGAACAAGGAGGCCAUGUUCCAGUCCCAGCAAGCAGCAGAACUUGGCAGCUUCAGCCACAUGGUUCUGGACUCUCCCUCCGAGACUGAGCCACUGAGUUCAGAUGUGUACCAGGGAUGUCCCUGCAUGGAGACCCAGAGAAGCCUCUGCGUAAAGCUAUGAUGGUGAAGCCUGGAUACCUUGGAGACGCCAAGAUGUUGGAGAUGCCAGAGUUGUGGAUACCUGCCAAGGAGAGCUGCUAACAGGGAGUGGAACCAGCCCAAGCCAGAGAAGUGUGUUGCAGUCAACAAAGCUGAAAGGGUUUGGAGAUCUGAAGAGCGAGCGCUUUGACAUUAGACAUGGAGAUGCAGAGUUUAGAGUUUACCCAGCUGCUUUCCGUCUUGUUUUGGUCCAGGGUCUCCUCACUGUGCCCUCUUCCCUCCCCUUGGGAGUCGUAAUGUGUAUUCUGUGUACUGUACUUAAUCUGCUCUAGCUUUGCCUUUAUAGGAGAUUACAGUUAAGAGAUUGUCAUGAGACUCAGAAGAGACUUUGGACUUUUAAACAGUAUCGACUCUG